CAGCUCCGAUUCAUUCGGUGAACGCCGCUUUUCCGAUCCUGACGUGUGCGUCGCGUGGCGUGGGUCUAACGAACUUUUUUUGGGAGUUGUUUUGGUGGUUGCUGUUCGAUGCCGACCUGGGGCCAGCAGGCUCGAUCAGAUCUUCAGUAGCUGUUCAGCUGUGCAGCUCGGCGGAAGCUGGAAACUCUCAUCGGUUUUGGGGUUUAAAGUGUUGAAGCAGGUGCUAGUGCAAUCGAACGAGAAGAAAAGUUUGGAGAUAUCUGUGAAGUGAGCAUACGUGCUUGGAAAAGUGAAACAUUCUUGCCACAAGUACCAGUGAAGAUGCAAGGCAGUUGAGCUGGUGAGGGAAAGAUCAAGAAAAACGCCAUUGAAGACUAAAGUUUUGGUGAAAUAUUCAAAGAAGGUUACAGCGAAGAAUUUUAAGCAACCAUGGGUGCCGACUCGCACACGAAAACGAUCACAUGUUCCAAGACGGCCGAACUGAUCGACGCGACCAUGCCCCCGCAGAACAAAGGCCAGUCCAGCUCCGCCGUCACCACCACCUCUUCCACUGGAAUCCUACCCAGUCUGACCGAACUGCGCGAAGAGCUGGUCAGCAACGAUUCCACGCUAGACGCCCAGCAGUUCCAGAAGCAGUUCCUGUCCAACUGCAACGGCAUCGCGCACGAAACCGAGGUGGACAAGAAGCUGCGCCAAAUCGGUUCCCACACGCCGAUCCUGCCGUCGGAAAUCGGCACGGACUUUAACUUUAAGCGGGGGAUUGUCUGGAAGAAUGUGAUAGGCUUCGCGGCGUUGCACGUGUGCGGCGUCAUCGGACUGCAUCUGGCCUUCUGGCAGUACUGCGACUGGCGGACGACGCUGUACAGUAUCUGGCUCAUGUACAUGUCCGGCCAGGGCGUCACCAUGGGCGCCCAUCGCCUGUGGGCCCACAAGGCGUUCAAGGCGAAGCUGUGGCUCCGGGUGGUGCUCCUCUGGCUGCACACCCUCGCCGGCCAGAACUGCCUGUACGUGUGGGUCCGCGACCACCGGCAGCACCACAAGUACUCCGACACGGACGCCGAUCCGCACAACGCCAACCGGGGCUUUUUCUUCUCCCACAUCGGCUGGUUGCUGUCCCGAAAGCACCCGAAGGUCAUCGAGUACGGAAAGAAGAUCGACAUGUCCGACCUUGAAGCUGACCCGUGGAUUAUGUUCCAGAAAAGACACUACAAACUCCUCUACACCAUCUUCGCCCUGUUCGGGCCAACAUCGAUCCCGGUGCUGUUCUGGGGUGAGAGCCCCUGGUACGCCCUGUUUGUGGCCUUCUUCUUCCGUACCAUUCUCAGCCUGAACGGCACGUGGUCGGUCAACAGCGCGGCGCACAUGUUCGGAACGCGACCCUACGACAAGACGAUCUGGCCGGUUGAGAACAUGUUCGUGUCGUUUGUGGCGAUGGGCGAGGGCUGGCACAACUACCAUCACGCCUUCCCGUGGGACUACCGAGCGUCGGAGUACGGCACGCCACUCAACCUGACCGGAGUGCUGAUCGACUUCCUCGCCAAGCACGGACACAUCUGGGACCGCAAGACUGCGACGUCCAACAUGGUCAAAACCCGUCUGCUGCGCACCGGCGACAAAUCCCACCACACGUACGGAACGGACGAGGGCCGAAAGGCGUUCAAAACGCUGUGGAACAUCUGGCGCCAUCCGACCAACCCCACGUACACCUCGAUCUACACGCCCAAGCCGAAGAUCAUCCAGAGCGAAGGCUACGCGCUGGUCGAGGACGAGCUCAAAAAGUCCGAGAUGGACGAUGACAUCCUGAAGCGGGAAGCGGACGAGCUGCUGCGGCGCCAGAAGGAGGAGGAAAGCCAGAAGACUGAAGCGAACAAAAUCUACACCAAACUGUCGCAGUACAUCAAGGAGCAGCAGCAGGAGCUGCCCGAGGAUCUGGCGCAGCAGGCCAACAACAAUCAGGCCGUCAACGGCAAGGCCAAGCUGAACAUUGACGGAAACCAGAAUGUGAUACAGCGAAAGAUCACCGUCCAGUAAGGUAGAACGAAAGGUGCAGGGAGAAUGAUAGUAGAUCUAGGAUCCUUUUACAGGCCGAACUGAUGGCCAAUAUCAUCGACAUCAUUGCAUUGGAUUCUAAUAUGUUUUUUGUUAGAAAGAUCUAAACCAUUAACAAACAAACUAUUUCUCUCGAUAACUGUCUAGGAUUAAGCUCUUUCUAGUAUAAACUGAAAAGCCUGGUUUGCUCAAAAGGGCUGGUUUGAAUCAGCAUUUCUGUAUCAAUGUGAUUAUUAAUGUUAGUGGAAGAUACUGUAGAUUCAAAAUUUCCAAUUCUGUGCAGUUUGGUGCAAAGCUUUCCCAUUCUAUGAUUCACAAUCCUAUGUAAUUUAAAAUUAGUUGUGGUAGAGCAAUCUUGCUUUAGCCCUGUGACAAAUUGGAGUUAGGAAAGAUACCUCUGCAGCGAGACUUGCUGAAAGUUUUCGUUUAUUUUAUGUCGAAACCAGAUUGGGAAUGUAACAAACAGCCAAAUAAAUUUGCUUUUUAUGUAAA